AUGGCAGUCGAUUAUAGACAUGGAGUUGCAAUCUUCAGCCUAAUCGUCUAUCUCCCUUGCUUCUUCAUUGCAGUUUAUAUUGCACUACGACAUGGCUUCGCCAAGUCAGCAGGAUGGUACUUUCUCGUCGUGCUCUCCUUGGUCCGCGUUAUCGGUUCAUGCUUGGAGUUGGCAACCAUAGCAAAUCCCUCCGAAGGUCUUAUUAAGGGGGCGGCGGCGUUAAACAGAGGCCGGAAGGGAAUUCCCCCCAUCGUAUUCCGGGUGGUCGGGCUCCUGGUGUUACUCGGCCUUAUUCUCAGCAUCGUCGGUAUCAACAGCCAGGAGGAUGGUGCCAUGUCAUACAAGCCAAACGCAAAGAGCAAAGCCGCCAUCUGCGUUACUCUCGGAGUCUGGGUUAUCACCGUCGGUUUAGCCUUUAUUAUUAACGGUAACAAGCACAACCUUCCCGCUGGAGAAAAGAGACUCCUGCUUGCAGUUGCAAUCUCCCUCCCAUUCAUCCUUAUCCGCUUGCUAUACAGCUUGAUCAGCGCUUUUAGCCAUAGUCGCAGGUUCAGCGCUGUUUCCGGCAAUGUUACCAUCUACUUGGUCAUGGCUGUGCUGGAAGAGAUGGUCGUUGUUAUCACUUGCCUUGGCGUUGGAAUUACCCUACAGCCAGACGGAGUUGCAGCAUACAGGGGUGAGCCUGCAUCAGCCGAAGAAGAGAUGAAGGUUUUCCAAGAAGCGCGUGACAAUGGGUAUAGACAAAGCGUUCCUGCUCCUUCUACCCGUUGA